GAAAAUCUCCAAUAAAUGAUAGAUACAACGGCAAGCAGGUAAGAGAGAGAGAGACAGAGAGGGCGGCACGCUCGGCCUAUAAGUUCCGGUCACUCCACCGGGGAAUACAUGAGAGACUCAGAGAGAUGGAGUCGGAGCAGCCGUGGAGUCGUCUGGAGGGGAAGGUGGUAAUGGUGACGGGGGCAUCGUCCGGCAUCGGCCGAGAGCUGUGCAUCGACCUGGCCAAGGCCGGCUGCCACGUCGUCGCCGCUGCCCGAAGGACCGACCUCCUCAGCUCCUUAUGCGAGGAGGUUGCGGCGUUGACGACGCCGGAGCCUGGCAGAAUCGCGGCAGUAACGCUCGACAUCAGCCAGGACGGAGACGGGGUCGAUGCCGCCGUCCAAGCGGCGUGGGAAAUGUUCGGCAGGAUCGACGUUCUCGUCAACAAUGCUGGCGUUAGAGGUACUGUGUCUAACUCCUUAGAGUUGCGUGAGCAAGAAUGGGUUCAAACAAUGGAUACUAAUUUAAAGGGAACUUGGCUAGUAUCCAGGUCUUUCUGUAGACGUAUAUGUGAUUCAAAACUAAAGGGGUCUGUGGUGAACAUUUCUUCCAUUGGUGGCCUGAACCGUGGUCUUUUGCCUGGAGGAUUGGCUUAUGGCAUUUCAAAGACUGGAGUAAAUUUUAUGACAAAGUUGAUGGCUCUAGAGCUGGGAAGCUGCAACAUUAGAGUGAACAGCAUCGCCCCUGGAUUGUUCAAGUCUGGUAUCACUGCUGAGCUGAUGAAGAAAGAAUGGUUGACUACUGUUGGUGAGAAGAUUAAUCCUUUGAAAACUUUUGGCACCUCAGACCCUGCCUUGACUUCACUUGUUCGUUACCUGAUCCAUGACUCCUCCGACUAUGUGACCGGCAAUGUCUUCAUUGUUGAUGUUGGUGCUACUUUGGCCGGAAUACCUAUCUACUCUUCUCUAUGAUGAAUAUCCACCUAUUCUUCUCUCUGAUCCUCUCAUGUCAGGAAUGUCAAGGAACCUACCACUUUCAUGGAAGAGUCAAAGCCCGAAAAGAGAAAAAAGGGGUGGACAAGAGAUAGGAAAAGGAAAAGUAGCUUCGUACUGCAAAUGUUAUAGUUGUGUUUUUUAUUUUAUUCUUUUGGUAUUCCGAUUGUUGGAUUGUUAUAGGCAUGAUGCUUAGACAUUGAUGUUCAUGAAUGCUUAUGAGGAUGCAACUUUAAUACAAGUUCGACCAUACAUGAUGCCCGAGUUGUCAUUGUGUGUACUCAUAGGAGUACAGCCGUGCGUAGGCGACCUAUUUUUAUUUUGUGUUUGUAUUCCUAGAGAUAUCUCAUGUAAUGUACUCUGAAACAGACUCAGUUUUGUCUGCAACUUAGGUUGCUGGUCAGCAGCUAACUCUAUGCUAAUACGUCUUACAAUUAUUAGGGAAGUUCUCAAUUUUUAUUCA